GUAGCUAUGACAGCGAAGGUCGUCUGACAAAUGUUACAUUUCCAACUGGAGUGGUCACAAGCCUGCACGGGGACAUGGACAAGGCCAUCACGGUGGACAUUGAGUCAUCCAGCCGUGAAGAGGAUGUCAGCAUCACUUCAAAUCUGUCCUCGAUCGACUCUUUCUACACCAUGGUUCAAGAUCAGUUAAGAAACAGCUAUCAGAUCGGUUAUGAUGGCUCCCUUAGAAUCAUCUACGCCAGUGGCCUUGACUCACACUACCAGACAGAGCCCCACGUUCUGGCCGGCACGGCUAAUCCGACAGUUGCCAAAAGAAACAUGAGUCUUCCUGGUGAAAACGGUCAAAAUUUGGUCGAGUGGAGGUUCCGGAAAGAGCAAGCCCAAGGAAAAGUCAACGUCUUUGGUCGGAAGCUUCGGGUAAGCCAGUGUCAGAGAGUAGGUGAUGGCCGUCCAGCCGUCCGUGUCCCCGAGGGGGGGCCUAGCGCUCAUCCCCUCCUCAUCCUCAUCUGCCCAGAACCAAAUGCAGGGCGGCGCCUUCCCUGCCAGCACGAGGUAUAGGCAGCUGUCAGGCCGUUAGGUCAUUCGUAAUAAAAGCCAACUGUUGGAGAAAA